AUGGCUUACUCCUCCCCGGAGAAUAUGAGGCUCGCAGCAACUAUGUUCGCGUUCGCUGCUAUUCCCAAAUUCUGCGAAGUCCACUCCCCUGGAUAUGAUCUAUAUGACCUCUCCUUCGGAAUUAUACCCACAGAACAUCAUCUCCACAAGCACAUCUCCUCGUAUCCCACAUUCCACAAUAGCCCUGAGGCGUCCUUGUCUAGUCACCCUCACGAGUCAUCUCGCGAUUUUGGUGCUCAGCAACAGGAUCUCUUCCAAUCACAGUGUCUGUAUGAACAGACAAAGGCAGUCAAUGUCCUUCUUGAUUGUUGGCCUUGCGAUUCCGUCCCUAGGCGCGCACUGGAGUGUCUCAGCAGUGCUCGAUAUGACAAGCCCAACCUCACAGCUACCCUUGAAAAACUAUAUUCGAACUGCUAUCACAAUCAUCGUCUGAAGAUAUAUUUAGAUCAAGUGCAGAGUGUACUUGACGAAGCGAGACAAACCCUCACGCCACCCGUCAACUCGAAGCAACCAUACGCAUUUACUCCAAGCAACUCAACUGUUGUAUCAGUUGUCACCACUGUCCUUACCGAACACUUGUUCAAAAAGCCCGCCCCCGUUAUUACAUUACUUUCGGAUCCAAUCACACAUCCUGAAAGUCCUGUCUCACUGACCGACAAUUAUUCUGGUGGCAGGCGUGAUUCGACUCUACUGAAGCACGUCAUCUCUUUCUUGCGAUCUCGACCUUCAUCCGACAAAUUUGGUCGCCAGUAUGCUGAAGAUCUAGAUGACAGCAGAACCAAUCUGGAUAAUGAACAAUCACCCAUCUCCCCGAGCCCAAUCCCAACAGUCGACACGUUACAACAUCACCUUGCACGUUGUAAUGAGCUCUAUAGCAACACUUUGCGCAGCUUGGAAGAACACCUAGCUCCCUCAGAUGUGACAGAGUGGAGUUUGUUCAACUCUGGGCAAUGGCCACGUAUUACCGUUUCAUGCUCGGGCUUCUCGCCUCCGUGUCAAUGA